CCUUAACAAUCUGCGGCUGUACUGAUUCCGGGUGGCACGGCAAGAACCCAGGAAAAAAAGGAGGCGGUCCCUACGGAGAAGAGGGUUUUCCCCGGUUGCAAUUUCUUUGGGAACUGAGCAAGGCGCAGCGAGCAUGAGCUGGGACCUCUUCCUGUCCUUGCUGCUGGUCUGCGUGCUCCUUUACCUAGGGGUGCAGCUGGUCCGUUUCGUGCGGGCGGACGGCGACCUGACUCUGCUGUGGGCAGAGUGGCAGGGACGCCGGCCAGAAUGGGAAUUGUCUGAUAUGGUGGUUUGGGUGACUGGAGCCUCAAGUGGAAUCGGUGAGGAACUUGCCUACCAAUUGUCUAAAUUGGGAACAUCCCUUGUGCUCUCAUCCAGAAGAGCCAAUGAACUAGAAAGGGUGAAAAAUAAAUGUCUUGAGAUUAGCAACUUGAAAGAAAAGGAUAUCCUUGUUUUACCCCUUGAUUUGACUGACAGAAGUUCUCAUCAAGCGGCCACAAAAACAGUUCUCCAACAGUUUGGCCACAUUGACAUUCUGGUAAACAAUGGUGGAAGGAGUCAGCGUUCUUUGUUUAAAGACACAAACCUGGAUGUCUUUAAAGAGAUAAUGGAACUUAACUUUCUGGGCACCAUCUCCUUAACGAAAUGUGUUUUGCCUCACAUGAUGGAAAGAAAGCAAGGGAAAAUUGUUACAGUGUCCAGCAUUUUGGGCUUUGCAGCAACCCCUCUUGCUGGAGGAUAUUGUGCUACCAAGCAUGCUCUGCAGGGGUUUUUCAAUUGUCUCCGAGCUGAACUUACAGACUAUCCAGAGAUAACCAUUUCAAACAUUUGUCCUGGACCUGUACAGUCAAACAUUGUACAAAACGCCUUUACUGAAGAAGUCUCAAAGAGAUUAGAGAACGUAGGAAAUCAGGAGCAUAAGAUGGCGACCAGUCGCUGUGUUCGUUUGAUGCUCAUCUCCAUCGCCAAUGACCUAAAAGAAGCCUGGAUUUCAGAACAACCAUUUUUGACAUUUUUCUAUAUCUGGCAGUAUGCCCCGACCUGGGCCUGGUGGCUCACAAACAAGCUGGCAAAGAGAAGAAUUGAAAAUUUUAAGAGUGGAGUGGAUGCAGAUUCCUCUUAUUUUAAACCAUUGAAGAAAAAAACAAACUGAAAAAAUACCAGCAUUUUUCUACCCACUGAAGAGAUGGAAGAAUGAAAUGCUUUAAGAGUAGUUUGUAUUUCUUUAACUUGAUUCUUAAAACAAAUAUUUGUCGUAUACACUGCAAUAAAGAUUUUGAACAUUA